CUAGGUGUGAGAAGGAGACCGUGGGGAAGGUAUGCAGCUGAGAUCAGAAACCCUUUCACGAAAGAAAGGCAUUGGCUUGGAACAUUUGACACAGCAGAGGAGGCUGCUUUAGCGUAUGAUGGAGCUGCACGCUCCAUGAUCGGAGUUCUAGCUCCAACCAACUUUGUCUACCCUGACAUCUCCAUGAACAGACAGCCACAACAGUCACAGCCAUCAUCAGGCAACAACUCUGUUGAACACAAUGUGUGUUGGGGAUCUUCCAUGUCCUGUCUGGGGAAAGAUCAACAGUUACAACCACCGGACAACAAUUGGGUUGACCCCAAUCUCUCUGGGGAAUCUUCAAGAUACUAUUUUCUUCAAGAACAGCCACAGGACAACAACGGUGUUGACCCAAAUGUACAUUGGGUCUCUCCUUCCUCCUGGUUUCUGCAAGAGAACCAGCCUGUUAGCCUUAUAAACAAUGUAUCACAUUGUUAUGAUAACAGUAGCAAUGGCAGACCAUUGUUACUAUCUGGUUAUCAGGACAUGGGUGAGCAGGGUAGUACAGACCAGAUGAAGAUAGGUCCAACUCCUAGUGAUGAAGCUCCUCGCUUUGAAUUUGAUCACACCAAGUCAUAUCUUCAGAAUCAUCUUUUCAGUGACAUGCCCAGCACUUGCAGUGAUGACACGGAUAAGGACGGUGUUCCUCAGCGUCAGGACGUUGGAUCUUCCUCUUCUUUCUUCUGACUCAGUUGUCACUUUCCUCUACCCUUUUGCUUCUCGUCUGAUCUCCACAAGCAUUUUGAUAUCAGUUUUUCUUCUAUUGGAGAUCUGUAUUUCUUGCUCUUAAAUGGUUGCAGCGAACUCUAAUGCUGUCUUUUUUUCCCCUUAA